AUGGGUGCCGAAGACGGAGAAAUCAAGAGCGAGGAGCUCACGGAAGACAUCCUUGAAGCCAAACCCGCCAGCUUUCAUGGCCGCCUACAAAAUUUCAUCCACGUCCCGUCCUCCACAGACUCACCACCCCGCCGCAGCGUUCGUGUUGCCGCCACUCUCGGGCAGGCAGGCAACUUGAGGCCUGAGCCCAGGCUACAGGCAUCACCAUCACCGUCUCCGUCACGGCAGACGAAACGAAAGGCGUCGCCUUCCGAGGGCACAAAAAGGAAACGGUCCACUCCUCGUUAUGCGCCUCCCUCCACCUAUGCCCACCUGCCCCUGUUGCCUGACGCCAUUGCACCCAACCUCUUGAUCCUCUUCAUCGGCCUCAACCCGGGCAUCCAGACUGCCUCGACAGGCCAUGCCUACGCGCACCCCUCGAACCUCUUCUGGAAGCUUCUGUAUCACUCGGGCAUCACGUCGCGCCUGCUGCCGGCCUCGGAAGACCGGACGUUGCCAGAGCGGUAUGCGUGCGGGUUCACUAACAUUGUGUCCCGCCCGAGCCGCAACGGCGCCGAGCUACGGAACGCGGAACUUGACGCUGGCGUUGCGGUGUUGGAGGCUAAGAUUGCCAAGUGGAGGCCAGAGGCGGCUUGCAUCGUGGGCAAGGGCAUCUGGGAAGCAGUCUUCCGGGUCAGGAAGGGCAGGGGCAUGAAGAAGGGGGAGUUUGAGUACGGCUGGCAAGAGGGCGAGAACAUGGGGGUGGUGAGGGACGGCGAGGAAGGGGGGCCGUGGGAGGGGGCCAGAGUGUUCGUCGCGACGAGCACGAGCGGACUUGCGGCGACUCUGGGGCCGAGGGAGAAAGAGGUGAUUUGGGGGGAGCUUGGGGCUUGGUGUACGCAGAGGAGGGCCGAGAGAGGCAUGCUGACUGAGGUCAAGGAGGAAGAAGCGAAGUCUGAUGGCAUCGAGCUUCUAGAUCCAUGA